AAACAGACAGACUAAAACCUAACUAAGAAGAGUGGCAAAAAAACCGCCGGAGCACACAGGAGCAGUAUAUAUACGUAGCCGUGGUUUGUUAAAAAUACCAAUUGCCGCGUUAGAAAAACCUCGCCUUUUCUCGGAGGGUUAUACUUUGACAUUCACUUUACCCUAAAACCCUAAUUGAAAACCGAAGAUGGAAGAAAGCGGAGCCAAACCGGUGUGUGCAGAGGAAGCUCUUUCUCUUCUCAACUGCGUCACUCAAUCUCCCUACGAUGAAAACAAAUGCCUUCUCCUCUUGCAUUCUUUGCGCGACUGCGUCCUCGCCAAGAAAGUGAAGAACUUUUCCCUUGCUGGACAAGAAAAACAGAAAACUGAACCCAGUAGUCAGAAGCAUAAAUUUCGAGCAACAGUUGAAAAUAUGGCAAAUUACAUUGGUGCUGAUAUUUUUCAUGGUGUGUACAGUAGUUGUUUGUUUUAGUUUUUGAAAGUAUUCACCGAGUGAGAGGAAAUUAGUGUAGAUCCGGGAAGAAGUGAGAGGAAAAGUUAAUAAUAACGAAGAAAAGUACCAU